UGUAUUCACCGUCCUCGCGAAAACGAAAGUAGACGGUGAAAUAUUCUUGUGCAAACGUGUUUUUUUUAGAUUGUUUGGAAAAUUUUGCGCUAUUAGUUAAUCAAUUGAAGAUGGCUUUUCAUUAUAACAUUAUAUAUAACGAUACUGGAGAUACGGACGAUAGUGAAUUGGCUUUAACAUUUGUACAGUAUUUAGAUAACAAAAUGAGUGGGUGGGGUUUCAAUGGUUAUUAUGCAGAAAAACAUGCCAGGCCGGGUAGAAGUGUAUUUGACGAACUCUUCAGGAUAGUGAAGGAAACUGAAAAUACUUUAGUUGUGAUAACUCCACAUUUUAGAUCCAGUUACUGGGCUAAGUAUUCGAAACAAGCUGCGUUUAAAUACCUGUUAGAGGAAGGCAACCAACACAAAUUGAUACCAAUUGCAAUUAAUAUACGCAAUAAACAGGCUCUUGAAGAAUUAAAUGUUAACACACCUAUUCUUAUUAAAGGUUUGACAGAACAAGAAUGGGAAGACAACAACAAAAACUGUUUCGAACGACUGAAAAAGGUAUUCUUGUCAGAAGAUUCGCGGCAAGUGGUUGAAGAAAUAGGUGAUAAUCGGCUAAGAACGGAGGAGAGACAGCAGUUAGUUACCCGACCGUCUUCAGAGACCUCAUUGUCGUCGGUUGCAUCUUCUCUUUCAGAUGAAAGACACAGUUCAAACGCGUCUCUGCCAGACACCACGCAGUCAGUUAUAUUAUAUGAUCGAUCAAUGCCAGACCCUCGGAUAUACUCAUACACCCAACCACAGAAUAAUUAUAACCUACAAGAUAACACAGAAGCCGAUUCCUUCCCAUCUGCCGAUGGAAAUUUAAGUUCAGGAGACAGCAGCGAUUUUUCUGACAAAACACGCCAAAAAUCAACAACCUCACCAGACAAAUCAAAGACAGAAAUAAUUCCAGACCAAACAAGAAUGUUAGACCAUACAGACAGGACAGACCCUGACAAUGAAAGAAGAAGCAGUUUAAGAAAUAAUGUUGCUGCAAAUCUGGCAACUGGACGGAAUCACUAUAGUAUUUCAGAUGACAACGAUUUGAGUAUGGAUAUUUUGCCACAAGAUUUACCUACCAAUACAGAAAAUGCUAAUGAAAUGUUAGAGUCAAGACCAGAAACACUUGGUGCAGAAGCUUAUACUUCUAACAAAGAAAUGCCAAAGCUCCCAUUGGGCCCCUUUGAUCAAGAUGAUAGAAAUGAAGUGUCUGAAGGUUCACCUGAUUCAGAGCAGACAAAUCCUAAAUAUGCGCAAUCAGAAUCAGGUUAUACAACGCUGUCCCAAAACACUCCAAGUCCUGACGGACAAGUUCCUCCUCAGCAUCAGACAGAUGAUGACAAAAUCAUUACACAUGAUUUAAGUUUCCAUUCUGGAUCUGAGACUGAUCCAACAGCAAUCGAGCAUACUGCAGCAGUACACCAUGAGGAUGAAAAAGAAGCUGGUGCUUUUGGAAACGAAGAAAACAAACAAUCUAAAGGAUCUGAGACUGAUACAACAGCUGUCGAGCAUACUGCAGCAUUACACCAUGAGGAUGGAAAAGAAGCUGAUGCUUUUGGAAACGUAGAAAACAAACAAUCUAAAGGAUCUGAGACUGAUACAACAGCAGUCAAGCAUACUGCAGCAUUACACCAUGAGGAUGAAAAAGAAGCUGGUGCUUUUGGAAACGUAGAAAAGAAACAAUCUAAAGGAUCUGAGACUGAUACAACAGCAGUCGAGCAUACUGCAGUAUUACACCAUGAGGAUAAAAAAGAAGCUGAUGCUUUUGGAAACGAAGAAAAGAAACAAUCUAAAGAUGCAAAAAGUCUAUUUGAAGACACAAUUUCUAUGUUUAACUCUAUUUUAAACAGUGACCUAGCAAACUCUAUUUUAAACAUUGACGUAGCAUUCAAGUGACUGUGUACGAGGAUUGUUCACAAAGUAUAUAGACUGAUAUCAUAACUUAAACACUAGCAACCAAAGCCGUGUUAAACUUAUAUCACUUUAAAAAGUAAUGCAUCUGUUACAAUUCGUAAAUUGAUAUUUUUUGGUUUGUGGUCAUUUGUGUAAGUAAUGGGUACGCAUACGUGCCCACGUCAGCGAUGUCUUCAUAACGUCAACUUUGUUUACGAUAUUUUUCGUAUUAAAUUUGACUAUUUAUUUUUUUUAUUGAUACAUGAUAUAAUAUACUUAACAAUUUUCUCAUCAAAAUCAAAUAAUCGUUUGAAGAAUAUUCAACAAAAUAUCAAUCUUUGUUAACGAAAAAGGUGUAUUUAACUUAAUCAUGUAGAUGUAAGACUGUUUGUCGCUUAAACAAUCUUUUCAUAAUGUUUAAAGCCUUAUCAAUUUCUUAAAAUAUUACUAGAUAAAUGAA